CGAUCGAUUUUUAGCAGACGAGACGAGCACAGUUUUGUGGUAGCGAGGAGAGUUGCGUAAAAAGAGAAGUUUCUCCGCCAAAAUGGAGAGGUUUUCUCUCGCCUUUCUGCUCGUAGUCAACUUGGCUUGGGCGGCAGAUCUUACUCACCUCGAUCACCUGUGUUCGGACGGGACUUUGCCGGAGAAAAUCGUGGUAAAAGACCACGACCGGGGCGAGUGGCAACCCAAGACGGGGCAACCCGUCUUCUGCUCCGAGCACUACCCCCACUACUCCUGCUGUCCGCACGACUACCAGACCGAUUUCGAGCAAGUGAACUACGAGCUGACCAAUGUAGCGAGUACAGAGUGUGCCCACAUGCUGGGUAAGCUGCAGUGUGCGCGGUGCUCACCCGUCUCCUGGUACCUCUUCAAUGCCGGAGACACCCUAAACCCUGACCAGCGCAGCCGCACACUCCCCAUCAUGUGCUCCGACUUCUGCUACCAGUUCUACGAGGCCUGCCAGGGUUCCAUCAGAGGUCUGUUUGAUGACAUGAACAUCGACCAGUUCUGUGCCACCAACUCGGCUCCAAAGGGGAAGCCAUGUUUCCCCAGCCACUCCCACCACCUGCACCCCAAGGGCAGCGACAAGAAGCCCAUCUACCAGCGCCCCCCCACCGUGGUCAUGGCUGAACACAGCAAGGUCAAGGCCAAGAAAGAGUUCACUCCAGAGGAGUGGGAAAAGUACUCCAAGUACACCAGCAUGCAGUCGUCUGAGGAGGUGGACUUUGACUCUGAGGAGUUGGAAGAAAAGCAGUUCCCAAAGAAGAAGUUUGAAUGGUCGUUAGAAGAGCCAGAGAAGAAGCCGGUAGCAGAGAAAGAGUACACGAAACCAGUUCCUGAUGGCCCAGUGGACAUGGCAGUGAAGGAGAGAGAGGAGAUGGAACCCAAGGAUGGAGUAAAGCUUGCUGAAGUUUUGGCUGCCAAACAGUUCCACCAGCUGAAGCCUCUGGACCUUCCCCUGCCAGCGGACAAGAAAACUGACCCUCCAAAGAUGAAAGCUAAGAAGCUGCCACCCCAGGACUCCCAUGGUGGAGCAGGAGGUACAGAGUUCUUUGAUGUCCCAGAUGACAUGGACCUGCCUAACGCAGGCUGGACUGACGAUGUGCUGGAGCCUGGAGUCAAGAAGGAGAUAGUCAAGGAAAAGCCUGCUGUGCUGAGCAACAAGCCAGUGUCAGACUGUCUGUGUGUGAAGGAGGUAGUGAGUGGCCUGAGGAACCCUGUGGCUGCCAUCCCCAGCAUUGACCACACCCACAGGCUGUUCAUCGUGGAGCAGGCGGGUAUCGUCAAGGUCAUGACCCCCGACGGCCGCAUACAGAAGGAACCCUUCAUCAACAUUGAGCAGGAAGUCCUGUCUGGGAGUAAGAUGGGAGAUGAGAGGGGCCUGCUCAGCAUGGCGUUCCACCCUGAGUUCAAGUUCAACGGGAAGGUGUACAUGUCGUACAGCGUGGACAAGGGCAGCUGGGACGACACCCCGCGGGACCACGUCAUGAGGAUCACUGAGUUCACCGUCACAAGACGUAACCCCAACCGACUGGACCCCACCACUGAGCGUAUCAUCCUGGAGAUCCCCUGGCCCAGCCCUAACAGCAUUAGUGGCCAGCUCCUGUUUGGGAAAGAUGGAUUCCUCUACCUGUUCCUGGGGAACGGAGGUGUCAGUGAAGAGGACGAGGAGAACUUUGAUGGACUCAGUGAUUUCCUGGGCUCGAUCCUGAGGAUAGACCUGGACACAGACUACUGCCAGAGUCUGUACGCCAUCCCUGGUGACAACCCCUUCUACAACUCCACCUUCAUGCCCUGGGAGGUCUUCGCUUACGGGUUUGACAACCCCUGGCGCUGUACCUUUGACAGUGGGAGAAUCAUUUGUGGAGAUGCUGCAAAUAAGGAGAAGGACACAGAGAAGAUCUAUAUUGUUAACCGUGGGAAGGACCAUGGCUACAGGAAGGAGGACCCACCUGAGUGUAAUCAGCAGCUGUGGAAGCCAGCCCCUCCUGUGUCUCACUGUGCCAAACACUGUCACCACGGACACUGUACUGCCAGCGACAUGUGCUGCUGCCACGAUGGCUACAUGGGAGAGAACUGCAAGAUAGCCCUGUGUGACCCACCCUGUGCUAACGGAGGCACGUGUGUGAAGCCCAACCAGUGCCUCUGUGACAUCGGCUUCACCGGAAACACCUGUACUGAACUGGACACCGAAGUCCCAGAGGACCCAAAAGUCACGCCAGAAAAAGGAAACCAAAUCAAGGACGUCCCCCCGGAGUGCCUCCAGCCUGCUGUGACCGGCCCAUGUAAGGCCCUGUUCUGGGCCUGGCACUACGACAGGGUCACCCAGGACUGCGAACAGUUCGUCUUCGGAGGCUGCGGCGGAAACAAAAACAACUUCAAGACCAGACAGGAGUGUCUCAACUUCUGCAUAGGGAAGUAG